GAAAUCUUUUUCGAAAGAGGAUUUGGAGAACAAAAUCGUAGAUCCAGCGGAACAGAACAAGGCAGCUACUGCGGAACAAGUGGAACCGCACCAUGACCAUGAUGUUGACCACCGGAUUAAAGAUUUGUUCAAAGCCUCUGUCGCUGGACGCGCGGUGAGUCUUCCGACCUACAGCACUGUGCAGGAUGAGAAGGGUGCGACAUUACCAGCUGGACCACCACGAGGACCUCCAAAGGGCAGUGCUACUGAGGCGAAAGCUCUCUUACCGGAAGGCGCCGUCGGUGAAGUGAUUCGUAUCGAGCUGCAGCACGACACCUUGCGCGACUCCAAGGGCAAAUCUCUGUUUUUGAAGGACCAUCUCCCUGUGACGGAUUUGGACGCUGUGCAGGCUGUGUAUGUGCGAUUCGCGCUUCCAAACGACGACCACCAGGGCACGGCCCGCGUUGAGAAUAUUAAAUCCGUAACGAUCCGUCUUCACCCACAUGAGCUGGUUUACCCCUUCUUGCACGGAAAAAAAACGGGCGUCUCGUUGGGCAUGGCUCCCGCAGGACAAGCUUCGCCAAAAGUUGGAGUUGUAGAGGAUGGCGAC